AUGGAGCACGCCUUGGGGGCCCUGUUGGGAGCGGCCACGGUGGGUGCAUUCCUGGAGUUCUUCCCCCGGCGGCCGCGGGAAGCAGGCGUGGAGCAAGCGCUGGCGCUGCCCGGCGGCGGCUGCUUGAAUGUGGGGCCGGGGCAGUUCACCGACGACACCGAGCUGGCACUGGCAGGCACCGAGCCAGGGGUUCCCCGCCAGCGCGGUCGCACGGCAGUACGCCUGGUGGUGCAAGCCAGCCAGCCAUUUGACAUGGGCAACGCUACGCACAACGCGUUUGGGAUGCGAGGCUGGGAGGGCAUCGCCGACUGUGCGGCCCAGGCCCUGCAGAAUGUGCAUAACGAGUACAGCGCGGCCAGCAAAGCAAACGGGGCCCUCAUGCGGGCCACGCCGCUGGCCGUGUGGGCCCACCGCCUCGGCACCGAUGCCAUUGCGGCCUGCGCCAAGGCCGACGCCCAGCUCAGCCACCCUAACCAGGCAUGCCAGGAUGCCAAUGCCGCGUAUGUGAUGGCUUGCGCCAGCCUGAUUCGGUGGCCAGGGGAUGCCGGCGCGGCGCUGACGGCCGCAGAGGAGCGGGCGGCGGCAAAUGCUUGCCGGGAGGUGCAGGAGUGGCUGGCAGAGGCGCGGGACAACGGCGCCAUGGCUGCCUACAAUGCCCACGGCGCUUCGAUGGGCUUUGUGAAGCAUGCCUUCUGCCUGGCCUUCUACCACCUGCGGCGUCACAGCGGGUUUGUGGAGGGGCUGCGCCACACGCUACUGUGUGGCGGUGACACAGACACGAAUGCAUGCAUAGUAGGUGGUGUGCUGGGCGCCAGGUACGGCGCAGCUGGCAUCCCCCCAGAGCUGCGAGGCGAGGUGGAAGGGUACUCGUUUGAUGGAAGCGGGCGUGGCCACAGGCGCCCGCAGCAGCUGCUGGGUAGCCAGCUGGCCCCGCUGGCUGAACGGCUGUAUCAGGAGGCUGUGCAAGAUGUGGGGCAGCAGUAG